UGUUUGGGGAAGUGUAGAAUGUAGCCGCGCGUUCCAUUGCACGUGGACGAUGUGGUACAAUGAGAUCUCACUCUCACGAUUCGCUGUACGGUCACCGACGUAGACGUUCCAGCACUGUUAGCUUCAAGUCCCUCAAUAAGAUACCCGGCGAUGGAAAACCAGGUAUGGAGGGAGGAGAGGCGCCCUCAGUAGCAGAUUACUUUGUGGUAGCGGGAUUAGACGACUCUGUCACACUUCUUCAGCCCCCCGAAUAUGGUGACAUACCACCGAUAGUCGAUCUAAAAAUAGUGCUACCCCUCGAAAAUGAGCUGUGUCCUGAAGGGUGGGAAUAUGUCACACCCUCUCACGCACUUUACCCUGCUAACUUGAACUGGGUCAACCCUGCUCAACUUCCUGUUUAUCUGAUCUGCAGGAGAGGAUAUGAUCUGAAACCUAUAUGUGAACUAGAAGUUCAAUUCAUCGAGCGGAAAGACAGAGUGAAGCAAGGGUUCGAUUAUAUCAAAACCUCGAUAGGCGGAAAACCUGUGUCGCUGAAUGGGCACGUGUCACGACCAAACAAACACGUGUACCUGGGGUAUACACGAGCCAUAACCAACUCCUUCACUGAUGGCAUUACUGUAAUACACCAUACCACAAGCAAGAGAGAUGACAGUAGACAGGGUUUCAAAAGCAUUCGAUUACACAAAAGCACGUUUGGUGGGGAUACUUUCAUCUCCUACAAACUAACGAAAUUCUACGCUGUCACGGGAAUUUUCAAAGAAUCAUUAUUGGACAGGCAUCCGAAAGCUAACAACCCCACAUUUCCUCUGGACGAAAAGAACUCGCCAGCUUUUUGUUUACCAAUGGGAGUACAAGUGGAGUGGUUUCGCAAUAGAGAUCAGAAACCAGCACCACAGUACUCCUCAUUUGUGUUGACUAAUGAGAAGGGGCACAAGAUGUAUGGUUCUGCACUCACAUUUUACGAACUUUUCAUCGGCACUGAAAAGAUCCAAUCCUUAUCAGAAAACUAUCCCAAAGACCCUGACCUAUUCCCAUAUGCAACCAAAAGUAUUUGCAUCCUGUCUCGAUGGCCUUCAUUUUUUGAAACGUUUCAAAAAUGGUUGACAGAGUUAUACGAGAUUUCAAUAUCAGGAUUAGCGCUGACCAUCCCAAUUGAGCGGAUGAUAUCUAACAUGCUGUUUGAUGUACCGUUCCCUACCCUUACCAAACCUACAGUAUCCCUCUCUAUUGGGGAUAAGACUAUACCAUUCGAACAACCACUCACUACUCAAAUACCAACCAGCGGUGGCACAGUGAAAACGCUACUAGAAUGUCUUGAACCAAAUCACCUGUUGCAAGUCUUCUUCCAGCUCCUUCUUGAAGAAAAUGUCCUGUUCAUUUCAUCGUCCUCACUAAAUCUGACAGCGACGGCUGAGGCAUUUUGUUCACUACUUUACCCCUUCAAGUGGAUGUCCCCGUACAUUCCUCUUCUUCCCCGGCUUAUUGGAGAGAGUUGUUUGCAGACUUUGAGUUGGACUGUCCGGUACCCUUCAUCAUUGUCUUCAUAUUGUCACUCCUCAGGAAUGAAGCGGGACUUUCUGGAUAUGUACCACUGUCCGGACCGAGUGACACAGGUGAACCUUGAUCACAACACGGUCAGACUGCCCUCACGAUACAUCAACCCAGCUGAUUACCUCCCAAAACACGUGAUUAACAACCUGAAGAACAGUCUCACUAGUAUCUACAAUAUGUGUGACACCAAUAGCAACGUUCGGACGAGAGCAGUCGAGCUGCAAGUUCAAGAGACAUUCCUAAAAUUCCAAGCAACUCUACUUAAAGGCUACACGGACUUUCUUCUUCCAGUUUUAGAGUCAAAAGACAAAAACUUCUGUAACGCUGAAAAUCUAUUUGAUAUCGAAAAGUUUAUAGCUUCAAGGGAAGAGAUUCAAAGGCCUUUCUAUAAGAAACUGCUGAGUACCCAAAUGUUCAAUUGCUUUAUCAUAGCUCGAUCAUUUAUAUCCGACUCUGACGAAACGUUGGAGUUCUUUGACGGUUGUAUAGAGAGGCUGGAAGAUGAUGCGCCGCUGCUGCACGAAACAGAUUCUAAUCGUGGGGUUACUGUGGUGGUUCAAACUGAGAAAAUGAGUCAAGGUCUGAAGCCGAGCAAGCUGUACAGUUACCCAGUAUUCGUGCUGGAUCAGGAACUGUUCUACACCAAUGUUCCUGAGGAGAGAGGAGGCAUGGAGAGAUCGGUAAUCUCACUGCGGACUAAAGUUGAGAAGCAGAAAAUGUUAAAGCGUGCACGUGCAGCGAAGAUGCGCUGUAACACUCUCUCGUGGAGCAAGUGUCUGUUGCAGCACGUGUACUGUGUAUGGUACCUCUACCUUCCCUCUCUGAUAACGAUCUUAGAACCAGGAGAUGAACAACGAGCUCAACUUAAUACUGCCCUUCAGAUUAUACAGACUCUCAGGACUGACAGAAAAACUAACUUGGAAGAGGUGUGUUACAGAAUAUUGAUAUCUCUAUCCGGGUUCUACGAUCACCCUCAAGUUGCCAUGGAUACCUUCACCCACAUGCAGGAGAACAAAAUGAACAUCAGCGCCGUAACAUACGGUCACUACCAUCGUGCCGUCCUCUUCAACGAGAACGUUAACGGGGACACAGAGACAAACCCUCUUACUCACUGGCGUAUCUUGAGACUUUAUAUCAUGACUUGUGUUGCUUUCAAACGUUUCCGGCGACAAGCCCAAGUCCCCAUAGGAAACACAAGUUCACUCGAAAGUAUUGAAUCGAGCGUUAAGAACAAUGAUUCUCCCACCGGCACUGGCAGAUUCUCAUCUAACGGAAUGUCAGAUUCUGGGAUAGAAUUAGACCAUCCCCUGUCAGCACUUAAAGUUUCGUUUGACAAAAGGACUAGUACCGACACCAGUACAGCCAGUAGUCCCCCUACCACCGCCCAGAAACCCCCCACAGUUCCCAUCAAAAAGAAUCACCGCGGUCACACUCGCAGUAUAUCAGACGUUUCCAUGUUAUCCGUAGGUAACAUUCAUCAGAGACAGCUGUCAGACGAUGCUGGUUAUAGAACCCUCUCCAGACUCAAAUCACCUCGCUUCAAAAGGAACAGUCUCAUGGGUAAAACAGUUCAGGACAAGAGGGGGAUAUCUCGCAGUAACACAAACAGUUUUAAACGAACUAAAAACACCAUGACCCCAAGCAGUUCCACGUAUAGUGUCCAGUCUCUGGAGCCGGAGGAGGAUCCCGGAGAGUUUUAUGUUAGGGAGUUUGAGAACCCUAACCCGAUGAAGUUCACUUUAACACCAGAGUGCGGGGAGGAUCUUGAUCCUGACGCUGAACUCAAGGUUAAGAUCUGGAGUUCGUACACGUGCUCUCAUUGUCAGAGGAUCUACGAUGAGCAGAUUUUAGCAGGCUGGGGUCAUGAGGAGAGUAACCUGUCCACUACUUGUCCCUACUGUGAUAUGACUUCUGUCGCCCAACUCUCUAUAGAGGUGACGUAUCGGUCUUGUAACAGCGAUGCAGAACCACUAACUCCGAAAACAAUCCACCGGGAGAGCAGUAUCAGCAAGACCCAACCAAUCGACACUAACAAUAUUCAGAUAUCACUUGAAGGGGAGGACGACGCUAUGGACUCUUACGAUUCUGGGAACAUAUCUUUUGCAAUGCCGGAGCCGAUUAGAAGAGAGAGGAAGAACCGGAGUGGAUCAGUAUUAGCGAGCAUGAAUCCCAGAACAAUGAGCAUGAAGAAGAAGGAGGAGGAUAAUCACGUGGAGAGAAUUGAGGUUCCUUAUCUCUGUCCUAUCGUACUACGAAAAGAGGUUGAGUGCGUUUGUGAGAGUGACGGACCAGGAGAGAUGGUUAAAGACGACCUGGCCACCUCACAUACCAUCCUCUUCUGGAACAUGGUGUGGUGGUUCUGCAGGGAGAACCUCUCCAGCAGUCUCCCUCUCUACAUUCCUCAGGCUUUUAGGCAUCUCCACCCUAAAGGAUAUCUGUGUCAGAGUGUGGAACUAAGUACUCAAUGGUGCAAGACCGCGCACUCGCUCUACAAUAACUUUGCGGAGUUAUCACACAAUAAGGAUCUGCCUCAGUGCACGCAACUGUGGCGUGUAGUUGAGAACUUUAUGCAGGAUGAUCUGCAAAGUGCGGUGAACCUACUCGUAGUCCACCGAACAGAAGCCCACAUUAAUUUGUACCGUGAGUUGCUCUACCUGGGAUGCAGAUAUAAAAACAGUUUCUCUAAUCUCCAGUUUGACGAGGAUUACACUUCGUGUCUCGCUCGAAUUCCUCAGGUUCGACUACAACUGCCUUUCGAGUUGGAAUUGUCGGAUAGACUACAUUCGAAUUAUAGUCCCACGGACGAGGAUAAAAUCAAACGAUUGAUAUCCUCCAAUCGACUUCAUCCAGACGAUGUCCCGAUGAAGCAAGCAGAUAUUCACUGUCGUCAAAUGUUCUCCUGGUUGGGUUUAUCUAUCUGAGCAACACUUCCCACGCCUCAAACUCUCACGCGUUACACUUAACGCGUGAGGUGAUGCGUUAUAAAAUAUAAACAUUUUGACGUUGAGGGAAAAUGUGACGUCUCGGUAAAGGGUCCUGGUUUUCUUGUUUAUUGUUUUUACACAUUUUUAAUUUUGGACACGGGACGAAGCUGUAAAUGUAUCAAUAUAUUAUCAGAUCAAAGUUAAAGUACCCAAAUUUACAUGGACAAUUUUAACUGUAUAAUAAUUUUUAUCAUCGAACAUGUUAAUUUAAUGUACAGUACGGUUCAAUCUCAAUAAGUUUCUUAGUAACAAAAGCACUGUAAUCAAUUUAAAGUAUUACAUACCAUACUAUCUAGGAUCUUAGACUAUUCUCGAAACUUGUUGUCAGAUGAAAAAUGGCGCCUAAAUUUAACUCAUCUGAUAUUAUGAACUCAAUAAUAAAGCUAAUGCCAUGGUUGAAACCUUUCUUUUCUUACGAGAUUGAACCCAAACAAAAUCUAUGUCUUGUCAGCGCAACUGUUUGUCAAUUAACUUAUAGACGUGUAAUGUUUUCAAAUGAUGUUUUAAAACUCUUUAUCUUAUCGCAGACUCGAUAAGUUUUCAUUAUAAUUCUGGUUCUAAACUUUAACGACCAAUGUUUUGGUAAUUGUGUCUAGCUGCUAAUCUUGAUGAAAGUUCAACGUAAAACGAUUAAAAAAGUAAUUUCAUCUUCAGAACUAGGCACAGUUAACAUAUAAAUAUUCGAUUGGAAUGAGGGGGCAGUUAUAAGUUGGGAAACAGAGUUUAUUAAAGAGUGUGUCCUGUCAAGCUGUUUGAUUAAUUUAUUUGUUUUUAUCUUUGUAAAUAGAGUCUAAUUAUUAAAUUGAUUUU